AUGAUUUAUGGUAGAUGUGCUGCCUGCAAGAGUCAAAGAAGAAAGUGUCCUUCUGAUUGCAUUUUCUCUCCUUAUUUCCCUCCCAAUGAUCCUCAAAGAUUUGCUUAUGUUCACAAAAUCUAUGGUGGUAGCAAUGUGGGAAAAAUGCUUAAGCAAUUGCCAUAUUAUGUAAGAGAACAUGCUGCAAAUAGUUUGUAUUUAGAAGCAAAAAGUAGGAUUCAAGAUCCUGUUUAUGGAUGUGUUGGAAUUAUCUCAAAAUUGUAUCAACAAAUUCAUGAUACAGAAAUUGAGUUGGCCAAAAUUCAAACUCAGAUUGCUUUUCAUAAGCUUCAAAAUCAACAAUUUGAAGAUGGAUCAAAUUUGAAGUUUUUGAUGCCACAAAGUAAUAGCAUGGAGAAGUUUCAAUGGCCUAAUCAAACUCCUAAUUGGUUCAAUUAA